AUGGAUACUCGUGGCUCAUCCAUGCGGUCAGAUGCUUUCGAGGCUUAUCGUCGAUCUUGCUGGCUGAAGUACUACCAACACAUGGCUUCACUCCAGACCCCAGGGCAGUCGGCUGAUCAGCAGCAACAACAGUCGAAGAAGCGUCCAGCUGCCAUUCCUAGUGUGGACGAGGAUGAAGAUGAUGAUAUCAACAAGGAACUGCUCGGCCUCUAG